AUGAUACUGCCCAAAAAACUGAGUCUCCUGCUCUUCCUGGUUUCCCAGAUGGUCCUCUUUUUUCUCUUCCUGCAUGUAUAUGACAUCUCCCUGUCUGUGAAGGAGGAGCCUAAACCCAUGCACGUGCUGGUCCUGUCUUCCUGGCGCUCUGGCUCUUCUCUUGUGGGGCAGCUUUUUGGGCAGCACCCAGAUGUCUUCUACCUGAUGGAGCCCGCCUGGCACGUGUGGAUGAGCUUCACACACAGCACUGCCUGGAGGCUGCACAUGGCAGUGCGGGACCUGCUGCGUUCUGUCUUUCUGUGCGACAUGAGCGUCUUUGAUGCCUACAUGAAGCCGGGUCCUCGGAAACAGUCUAGCCUCUUCCAUUGGGAACACAGCCGCGCCCUGUGUUCGCCACCUGCCUGCAAAUUCUUCUCUCGCGACACGAUCAUCCCGCACACGCACUGCAAGCUCCUGUGCGGGCAGCAGCCCUUCCACAGCGCGCAGGAGGCCUGCCUCUCCUACAGCCACGUGGUGCUCAAGGAGGUGCGCUUCUUCAACCUGCAGGUGCUCUACCCGCUGCUCACCGACCCCUCCCUCAACCUGCACAUCGUGCACCUGGUGCGCGACCCCCGGGCUGUCUUCCGUUCCCGGGAACACACCUCGGCAGAACUCAAGAUUGACAGUCGCAUGGUGUUGGGGCAGCUCUGGCAAAACCUCAAGGAGGAGGACCAACCAUACUAUGUCAUGCAGACCAUCUGCAGAAGCCAGCUGGAGAUGGUCAAAGCCAUUCAGACCUUGCCCAAAGAUCUACAACAGCGCUACUUGCUCAUUCGCUAUGAGGACCUGGUCCGGGCCCCCCUGGCCCAAACUUCGCAGAUGUAUGAAUUCGUAGGCUUGGACUUUUUGCCCUAUCUCCAGACCUGGGUACACAACAUCACCCGUGGUAAGGGCAUGGGUCAGCAUGCCUUUCACACAAAUGCUAGAGAUGCCCUCAACGUCUCCCAAGCCUGGCGCUGGUCCUUGCCUUAUGAAAAGGUUUCACGACUUCAGAAAGUCUGUGGUGAUACUAUGGAUUUGUUGGGCUACAUCCAGGUCAGAUCCAAAGAAGAGCAGGGGGACCUGUCAAUGGAUCUUCUGACUCCCUGGAGUUCCUCUGAGCAAGUCCAAGAGGAUUGA